UCGAUGAGUGACGAAACCCUUCAGAUGAUCAACGCGGCCAUAUAUAAUGGUACCUACACUUCCGGUACGUUGAUCCGCUCGAAAUUGACUAAUCGACCAAUAUGGAACAGUAGUGACCAGGACGAAAAUGAUCCUGUUAAAAUCCUUCUGCUGGCUAUAAUCGGUGCUGACAUCAAACAGGAGCAAGAAACGCAGAAAGAGAAUGGAAAGAAUGGAGUCUGUGCAAAUGGGACGAACAUUACAACGAAAAUCAGCAUGCAGCAGGACGGUAUUAAUAAAUGGAAACAGCAAUGGGAAAUACUUAAAAACGCUGACGAUUAUUGCUGUUUCUGUGAGAACAACAAUGAGCGAAACGAAAAUAGUCAAUUUGCCUGCCCUUAUCUGAGAGCGCGUUUUGCAAUUGUGGAGGAAAACCCGAAAACUGGAUUGUGAUAAUGCGAAUGUGGUAUACUAGCGAGCCGUGCGAUCAUGAGAUAUAUAUUUGAAAUGG